UCCUCCCUCAAGAUUCUCCGCUCGGCCCCUGAGCCUCUCCUCACUCACAAGCAGGGUUCCAGGUCCCCGCCACCCCGCCGGCCCCCAGGUGGGAGGAGACGGAGCAGGAAGCCGGGGGUCCCAGUUCAAAGGCUCCAGAAUCUCGUUCCGGGCAGGCAGAGCUGAAGUACGGGCUGCUCUUCCUCUGGAGCCGAAUCAGUAGGUAACCCCGCCCGCUGAGCUCUGUAAGGUGAGAGGCCAGAGUUCCCAGACACAGGCAUCAGGCCCCCGAGCCCCCUCCUCCAGGGCCCGGGACCUCAGCCUCAGAUCCCUUCCUCCUUUGAGACCCCAGAAUCAGCACCCCAGCCCCUGCUCUCCAAGACUUAGGAGUCCCAGUUCGCAGUUCCCUUUCCCUUCAGACCCGGGCGUCUGGGGAGCCUAAUACCCUCCUUCCUUGGCGUGUAGGAAUCCAGCCCCUGAGCUCCCAGCUCCUCACAUCCAGGAAUCUGGGGCCCCAGCCCCUUCCCCCAGCGGGACCCAGAACAACUGCCCCAGUAUCUCUGCUUCCUCCCCAGUGCCGAGAUCCCUAGGAUUUUGGUCUCCUUCCUCCUCCGCUCAGCCCCGUGCCCUCUGUCUCCCAGACCCCACCAUGGGACAUCCCACGCCUGCUGCAGUCGGGGUCUGGGUGUUCCCGCUCUCGCUGCUGGAACCCCGGGCCGGACACUUGAGAGCGCGGGAGACCAGGGUGCUGCAGGGCCACGAGUGCAGGCCCCAUCAGCAGCCUCGGCAGACGGCCUUGUUCCAGGGUGUCCGGCUAAUAAGUGGGGAUGUUCUCAUAGAUGACAGCUGUGUCCUCACAGCAGCCCACUAUAAAAAAAGUGUGAGUGGAUUCCGGGGGCAGAGGAAAUACACAGUCUGCCUGGGAGAUCACAGUCUGUAGAAUGAGGAUGGGUCCGAACAAGAAACGGCUGUGGCUCAGCCCAUCCCACAGCCCUGCUACAACCGCAGCAACGGGGACCCGAACCAUGGUCUGAUGCUCAUUCGACUGUGUGAUCGGGCAUCCCUGGGGCCCAAAGUGAAGCCCAUCACCCUGGCAGAUCACUGCCCUCAAGUUGGCCAGAAGUGCACCAUCUCAAGCUGGAGCUCUGUCACCAGCCCCCAAGAGAAUUUUCCUGACCCCCUCAACUGCGCAGAAGUAAAAAUUAUUCCUCAGAAGCAGUGUGAAGACACCUACCCCGGGCAGGUCACAGAUAGUACGGUCUGUGCACGUGAAAGCAGUGGGGCUGAUACAUGCCAGCGAGAUUCCAGGGGCUCACUGGUAUGUGGUGGCGUUCUCCGGGGCAUCACAUCCUGGGCAUCAGACCCGUAUGGGGGGCCUGAGAGAUCUGGCGUCUACACCAACAUCUGCCACUACCUGGACUGGACUAAGAAGACCAUGGGCAGCAAAGGCUGA